AUGGCACCGCAACUUGAACCCUUUUUCAAGCAGGUCGACGAUCUGUCUGGUUCUUUCAUUGACCGUCUGCGUAAAGCUGUCGCUAUCCCGUCUAUCUCCGCGCAGGAUGAGAAUAGAAAGGAUGUCUUCAAGAUGGCCCAUUUUCUCGCGUCUGAGCUUGAAUCCUUGGGCGCUGAAGUGGAACAGAGACCGUUGGGCAAACAACCUGGAAAGGAGCACCUUGAUCUUCCUCCCGUUGUGAUUGCUCGUUAUGGUAAUGACAAAAACAAGCGAACUAUUCUGGUCUACGGACACUAUGACGUACAACCUGCCUUAAAAGAAGAUGGCUGGGCGACAGAGCCUUUCCAAUUGACGGUCGAUAGCCAAGGAAGAAUGUACGGACGCGGAAGCACGGAUGAUAAAGGCCCAGUUCUAGGCUGGCUGAAUGUGAUCGAAGCCCAUAAGAAAGCUGGCGUUGAGUUUCCUGUCAAUUUGCUCUGCUGCUUCGAGGGAAUGGAGGAGUAUGGCUCGGAAGGCCUGGAAGAGUUCAUCCAAUCCGAGAGCAAGAAAUUCUUCAAGGAUGCGGAUGCAGUCUGCAUUUCGGAUAACUAUUGGCUUGGAACUGAGAAACCCUGUUUGACUUACGGGCUUCGAGGCUGCAACUAUUACUCUGUUAGCGUCUCGGGCCCCGCGCAGGACUUGCACAGCGGGGUCUUCGGUGGCUCUGCACACGAGCCGAUGACUGAUCUGGUCAACGUCCUUUCUAAACUUGUUGAUCCUCGGGGUAAUAUCCUGAUCCCUGGAAUCAUGGAUCUUGUUGAGCCCCUCACAGAAGAAGAGAAGUCCCUGUAUGGAGGUAUCAGCUACACCAUGGACAACCUCCACGAAUCAUUGGGCAGUGAGACUGGCAUCCAUGCCACCAAAGAAAGAACUCUCAUGGCAAGAUGGAGAUACCCAUCUCUAUCUAUCCACGGCAUUGAAGGCGCAUAUUCUGCUCCUGGCGCUAAAACUGUAAUUCCGGCAAAGGUCAUUGGCAAGUUUUCGAUCAGAACUGUCCCUAAUAUGGAGAGUGAGGAUGUAAACAAACUUGUUUUUGAUUACAUCAAAGGGGAAUUCGCCAAACUGAACAGCAAGAACAAGUUGGAUGUGUGGCUUCAACAUGAUGGGAAAUGGUGGGUUGCCAGCCCAAAGCAUUGGAACUUCGCAGCUGCAAGCAAAGCAGUGAAACAAGUCUUUGGCGUUGAACCAGAUAUGACCCGUGAAGGCGGCAGCAUCCCCGUCACACUGAGCUUCGAACAAGCAACAGGGAAGAAUGUCUUGCUUCUGCCAAUGGGAAGCUCAACUGAUGCUGCUCAUUCAAUUAACGAGAAGCUUGAUAAGAGGAACUACAUUGAAGGAAUCAAGCUGCUGGGAGCGUAUUUACACUACGUUGCAGAAGAGCCUAUGGACAUUUGA